CCAAUUUACAUACGUACACAUACACAUCUCUGUUACAAAAUACCCCCAUAUCUCUUUCUAAAGAGUUACACUCAAGAAGCUUUGAUUUUCAGAGGAGAUGUGUAAAAGAAGAAGAAGAUAAACACAAAUUCUACACAGUAAGUCAGAAACAAUGAGGAGCAUUGAAGAAAUUUUUGAGGCUAGUAAGAAGAAGCAAAAAGUUUCAGAGAAUGACCAGGAGGAUAGGCUUAGCAAUUUGCCUGAUUCCAUACUCGUACACAUCCUGUCCUUCUUGCCGAUGGAAGAUGCAGUCAAAACUGUCCUGCUGCGUAGAUUUGGAAACCUCUGGACUUCUCUUCAGACUCUUAAUUUUGAUGGACGUUCCUACUUAAAUUAUCCCAAGUCCUGUCACAGUAAGUGGUUCACAGUUUUUGUGCCUCAUGCGUUAAUUCGCCAUGACUGCCCUGCUAUUUUUAAGUUCUCUCUCAAGUUUGGAUCCUACUUAUACUUUUCACCGAAUGGCUUUAAGCCUCGCAAGGACAAGAAGCCCUUGAAUCCGAAGCUUGCUUCUGCCAUUGAUUCAUGGAUCUACUUUGCACUGACAAAGAAAGUUAAGUUUCUUGAUUUGGGCAUAUUUGCACAUGGUGCAUCAAGUAGUAGAUUUGACUAUGACCUACCGGAUGCUGUUUUCACAAGUGACUCUAUUAUAGAGAUGAAUUUAGUCAACAUUAGUUUGAGGAAACCAGAGCAGGUUCACUUGAAAGCACUCAAAAGUUUAUCUUUUACCACUAUCAUGUUGGAUGACAAAAUGAUGGAGGGAAUUUUAUCUGGUUGUCCGUCGCUGGAGAGCUUGUCUUUGAUUCAGUGUUGUGGUUUACAUAAAUUGAACUGCACGUAUGCUUGUCUUACAAAACUGAUGGUCACACUUGGAAAUGAUUCUGCUAAGGUGGAAAUUUCUGGCCCCAAUCUGAAGUCACUAACUAUAUCAGGAUUGCAUGGCCAAGUAGAUCUGAAAAAUGUAUCGUCUGUUGUUGAGGCCACUCUUGACAUAUGCAGUGAUCACUACUAUAUUGGAUCUCUGCUUGAAAGUUUACACCAAGCAAGUACUUUUACCAUUUCCAGUUGGUGUAUCAUGAUGCUGAUUAUGUCGGAGGAAGACGGCAUUACUUGUGCAUCCUCCACUCGUAAGCAUUUGGUGCUCAAGACGCCAAUUACCAAGCGACACCUCCCUGGAAUUGCUAGGUUGCUGCGAAGUUCCCCUCAACUUGAGAUGCUGACUAUUCAGAUUGAAGAUAGCACAUCAAUUUUUCAUCCUGAGGAUAGCCUGCAUGUUGGAAUGUCUGAUAUUUUUCGAUGGGAAGGUUGGAAUGAUGAAAAUUGGUUGGAUGAAUCUGAAAUCGGCUUUGAGCACUACUUUGAGACUGAACCUUCUUUCAGCUGUCUUACUAACUACUUGAGAACUGUUCGUAUAUCCGGAGCUCGCAUAUCAAAUUGUUCUCUCCAUCUGGUGAAGUUUUUGCUCGAGAAUGCUGUUGUUUUGGAGAGAAUGGAGAUACUCAUUAGAAAUUUUAAUGCCUACAGCUCUACUUCGUCUGCUGAACUUCUGAAGCUCUCGAAUUUGUUGUCAACUUGUCGAAAAGCUUCUCCUAGCACUAUAAUUGUUCUUGCCUAAAUAUCUGAUUACUAGCUGGCAAUUAUUGACUUAUCAUAUAAUGGAUUUACUUAUGCGGUGACGCUAGAGAAUAAUUAUAUUGUUACUUUGAGCUCCAUUCUAAUUUAAAUUCUUGCUCUGGUUUUUUA